UAUCGUGCUUGCUCAUUUAAUCUGAUUAUGAACAUAACAAGGACCACAACUUUCCAGGAGUGCACUCUGCCAGCUCUCUACUUUCCCACUGACUCAUUUGAGAUUUACCCAUUCACUGAGCUGCCGACCCACAGCGGGGUUCACCGCAUUCUCACAGAUGUUAUUGGCUGUUUGCACUCCAUUAGUGGGAUAGAUCAUCAGCUAACCAACAUUGGAUCUACAUCCAAACAGACCUUGGUUCUUGAUAAUGGAAAGGGCCACCGAGUUUCCAUCACUCUCUGGAACAGCCUUGCUAGAUCCUUGGAUCGUGUUGCUCUGAUCCAGGCUGAUGCCAUUGAGCCGGUCAUUAUCGCUGUCGGUGGCCUGAUGGUUGGGAGACAGAUAGGAAGUGAUUAUACAUGUUCGAGCUCAUCGGGGACCCGGAUUCGGUCAACCCACGCAUCUUAGAGGCAUACCAUCUGACAAAUGUGUAUGUGAUCUUUGUACUCCUUAAGUAUGUGGUUUCCUUUUUGUUUCAUCCCAUCAUGUCCUUUGUUAUAUACCUUACUGGUGAUUUUGUUCACUCAAGGUUUGGCGGGCCAAGGAACCCUAUUGUAGAGCUCCCGAUACAGUUUGCCACACCAGAGGAUGCUAUCAUUGAUGCUGAGAACAGGACAAAGACACUUGCUGAGUUGCUUUAACUUCAUCACCGCAAUGCUUCUAUGGUGUGUGUCGCCCUUACUGCCGUUUGUUUCCAUUCAUGUAUGUAUGUAUAUUACAGCUCUUUCAUAUGUUUUCUCUUGCUGUGCACGCAGAAUGGAAAACACUUUUGCAGCGGAACAAUAAAAUCAGUUG